AUGUUAAUAUUAUUCGCGCUCUUAGUUGUUGCGCUAACGGCGCUGUACCUUCAUAGUACCAGACAUCACAAAUAUUGGGUAGAAAAGGGUGUCAAACAUGACAAGCCAAUCCCUUUCUUCGGUACAAAUGCUAAAAAUUAUUUACUCAGAAAGAGUUUGACGGAAAUGGCCGUUGAAGCUUACCGGAAAUAUCCCAAAGAAAAGGUCGUUGGAAUGCACAUGGCCUCUUGGCCUGUAUUAGUUUUAAGGGAUCCUGACAUUAUCAAGCAAGUGUUGAUUACGGACUUUGUAUACUUUUACGGACGAGGGCUUAAUACACACGAAGAGGUAAUAGAACCUCUGUUGAGGAACCUGUUCUUCGCUGAUGGUGAUCUAUGGCGGUUAUUGCGACAGAGGAUGACGCCGGCUUUCACGAGCGGCAAGUUGCGAGCCAUGUUUCCCUUAAUAAUUGAACGCGCUGAGAAGCUGCAGAGUCGUACGGCCUCCGCUGCUUCUGAAGGACGCACCAUCGAUGCUCGUGAUCUUAUGGCACGUUACACAACUGAUUUUAUCGGGGCUUGUGGCUUUGGUCUUGACGCUGACUCACUCAACGAAGAAAACUCCGCUUUUAGGAAACUCGGCAAGAAUAUUUUUAAAAUAGGAUUAGCAGAAUCUGUAACAGUAUAUUUAAAAGAUUUAUGCCCGGCAUUGUUUAAGUAUGCUAAGUUGUUAGGUUCCGUUGAAGGCGAAUUGAUAGAUCUUGUCAAAUUUAUUUUAAAAGAGAGAAAUUAUCAACCCUCCGGAAGAAAUGACUUUAUUGAUCUACUUCUUGAAUGCAAAAGUAAAGGACUGUUAACUGGAGAUUCUAUAGAAAAAACUAAACCCGAUGGCACGCCAGAAGAGACAUCGGUGGUGUUGGAUGAUGUGCUCAUGGCUGCACAAGUGUUCGUUUUCUUUGCAGCUGGAUUUGAAACUUCUUCGUCAGCCACCAGUUUCACCUUACAUCAGCUAGCAUUUAAUCCGGACGUACAAAAGAAAGUGCAAGAUAAUAUCGAUAGAGUAUUAGCUAAACACAACAACAAACUCAGUUAUGAAGCUGUCAAAGAAAUGACAUACUUAGAUUGGACAUUCAAAGAAGGUAUGAGGAUGUUUCCGUCCCUCGGGUUUUUGAUUAGAAAGUGUGCAAAAAAAUACACCUUCCCAAAUAUGGAUUUAACAAUAGACCCGGGUGUGCGUGUGUUUAUACCACUGCAGGCGCUACACAUGGAUCCUCUGUAUUUCGACAAUCCCGAGGAAUUUCGACCAGAGCGUUUUGAUCCUGAAGUUUUCGACAGCAAAUUGAAGAACAUUUACAUGCCCUUUGGUAUCGGACCACGAGCGUGUAUCGGUGAGCGUCUGGGGCAUAUGCAGUCUCUGGCCGGGCUGGCGGCAGUGUUAUCGAAAUUCUCAGUGCGGCCAGCACCGGAAACAGUGCGAUAUCCACGUGUAGAUCCACCCUCGGGAGUAGUGCAGAGUAUAUUAGGAGGUAUUCCUUUAUUAUUCGAAGAAAGAAAAUCAUCAUAG